AAAAUGAGAACGCGCUUUUUCGCGAAAUAAUAAUCUUUAUAUACCUUAAAUUACAAACCACACUCUCAAAGGAAACAUGAUAUACCGGUAUCAAAACAUAAUAAAAGACAGGUAAAAUCGAUCGAUUUUAAUCAGAGAUAGUAGACAAUAUAUACCAUAUGUAAAAUUUUACAGCCACAAUUAUAUCUAUAUAUUUCUAAAGAGAGUCAGGGUGGGAGAGAAACAGCCUUGAUUUCUUAUCAAGUUUUGUACAUGACAUGGCGAACGUUAAAGAAGAAACAGGUAGUUUGGAAAAAAUCCCUGAUGAGGAUGAAACUAUUAGUCCAGAAAAUGCACCUUCUACGGACGAAACUGUCAAUGCCGAAACUGUACCCGAUGCAGAUGCCGAAAAAGUCUCGCCAUCUAACGAAUGUGAACUUUUGGAAAAUGAAAAUAAAACUGACGAAAAAACACAUGAAGAAAAUGAUUCAGCAUUGAAUGGAUUAGAGAAGUCGGAAGAUCCGGAAAAAUCGGAAGAUCCGGAAAAGUUGGAAGAUCCGGAAUCUACAGAUACAGCAGUAGAAGUUAGAAAAAUACGAAAGAGUCAAACUAGAAAGAACAAAAUGAAACAGAGAAGCAAGAAGAGUAAAAAGAACAGGAACAACAGUAUAGAGGAAAAGCAAAACGGAGAAAACAAUUUAUCAGAAAACGAGAAAAAUGACAUCGCUGUAGCAGUAGACGCCAUAGAUAAAAUAAACGAUGAAGAACAGAAAAAAGAAAAACGAAGUUCCGGACGGCCUAUACUUAUUCUAGCUAUUAUAAUUGUGCUCCUGAUCAUUGGAGCUGGUCUAUUUCUUUUAGAUUUUUACUUAGAAAUUUUCGGAUCAAAAUCAGAAGAGAUAGCACAAAUAGAAGACGGGGCCCUAAUUAGUGGAGUGACAACUGAAGAUUAUCUAGAUAUCACAACAACCAAAGCUUCUGUUCUUAAUGUGCCAAGUGUAAGGAGAGCACCGAUUUCUAGGUUCAGACGUUAACAAGCACAAGGUUAUUUAUAUGGCGACUAGUACUUAAUCAAAACUACAGUUCAAGAACUUAAUUGAUGUUGUCCUGUGUCCUGUUUUUAGGAAAAUAUUCGUAUCUGUAAGACACUAGAUAUAAACUCAUGUUAUCGGUAUAUUUACAAGUCAGGUGUGUGCGGCAGGAGUAGGAAUGUUUGUCUUCUAUACACACCGACUUUCAAAAUUCAAUUGAGAUUGCAUCCUUGGAUUGAUGACGAAGAAAAGAUUCAAAUUUGUGUGACUCGUUCUAGAUGUACAUUAGAGAUUUCACUGCUAGAUUUCAAAGUAAAAUUGAACCAGUGCAUAUGCUAUUUGAGUCCAUGGGAGUUAUUUUGACCUAUAUAAAAAAUAUCGUUAAUGUGUAAGUGUAUGUAAUAUAUUUUUAUUUUCUCCCUUAGUUUAAUUUGUUCAUGUUAAUUUGAACUCUCAAUACUAGAUUUUGGAGUUUCGACAGAAGCUUAAGUUUUAGAUCUCAACACUUGAUAAUUGAGGUAUCGACACUAGCAAUGUUGAAUCUAUGCACCAGCCGUCUGAUAUCUCGAAACAAGACGUACGAGCGACAUGUAUUGACACCAGAUCGAUUCUGUUCAUUUUUUCAUCUCUUCGUUUGAAAACACAUUUUAAUAUUCAUUAUCUUAUGAAAGCUGAUCACAGUAAUAAUCAACUCAAGUAUAAUGAUGUAUUGAUAGUUCCUUGUGGACUUCCACUUUCUGGAAAAAAAACACUGAUAAGAUAAUGUUUAUUUUUGACAAAUUACCUUGUAACUCGUCAUUUUUUGGUAUAUUACUUUUUGAAUUCGUGACGUUCGUACAACUUAAUACGAAUCUUAAUUUUAAAUCAUUUAGUAAUGUUGAAGUCUUUGUCCUUAUGCCUGUAGACGGUUGUCUCCUUAAUAAUUAAGCCUCAUCCAAUUUGUAAAAUAAUAAAUAAUACUGUCUUAUCUUAGAACAAUAUUGGAAGAGAAAAAAAUCCAUAAAGCUUGGAUAUUUUCAUGCCCCACCUACGAUAGUACAGGGAUAUUAUCUUUUUUGGUUUGUGCGUCCGUCCGUUCGUCCGUUCAUGCGUUUAUUCGUUUGUUCUUACGUCCGUUCGUCCCGCUUCAGGUUAAAGAUUUUGGUCAAGGUAGUUUUUGAUGAAGAUGAACUUGAAAGUUAGUACACAUAUCCCCUAUGAUAUGAUCUUUCUAAAUUUAAUGCCAAAUAAGAAUUUGACCCCAAUUUUACGGUCCUUUGAACACAAAUAGUGCAAACGUCAGGUUACAGGUUUGGUCAAGGUAGUUUUUAAUCAAGUUGUAACCCAAUUAACUUGAACCUUAGUAUACACAAUUAAACCCGUCGCAAUCUUUCGCCUGUCCCGAGUCGGACGCCUCUGGCCUUUGUUUGUCUUGUAUUAUUGUUAAUUUUAGUUUCUUGUGUACAAUUUUGAGUUUAUUAUGGCGUUCAUUAUCACUGAACUAGUGUAUAUUUUUUUUAAUGGGCCAGCUGAAGGACGCCUCCGGGGAAUUUCUCACUGAAUUGACGACCUUGGUGACCUUCUGCUCUUGUCUGAUCUAUGGUCGUUUUGUUGUCUCUUUGAAACAUUCCUCAUUUCCAUUCUCAAUUAUAUGUUCCCUAUAAUAUGAUCUUUCUAAUUUUAAUGCCCAGUUAGAGUUCACUAAACAUAAAAAAUGAUAGUGCGAAUGGGGCAUCCGUGUACUAUGGACGCAUUCUUGUUAAUGAUGUGUCAGCAGAUAAUGAAUUUUCUUCGGUAUUUUCAAACGCAAUGCAACGAUUAAAACAUUCAGUAUUUCUGGAUAAAACUUUUUGGACCUAAUGAAGACAUAUUGAGCUUAAUUUGCUAUUUGUGUUUUAAUUGUUUAACUGUCUGUUAAUUGAAUUUAGAAAGUUAAACGAUAUUUCUUUAAUAUAUAUACAUAUUUGAUGUUGAAUAUUUAUAUUAUGUUAUUUUAAAAAUUAAUUGAAAAUUGCAUCGCACUGUUGAGUGUCUUUGUCAAAACGCGUGUCACUUGAAAUUCAGAAUGUUGCUUUCUGCUGUCAUAUAUAUGCCAGGUAACAUUAUAAAAUCUUCUUGGAAUGUCAAACGACUUGUAAAUGUUUACUAACUAAUGUAUAUAAAUCAAUUUUGUAGUUUAUAAACGACAAAACGUUUUUUUUUUAAUUGUAUGUGUAUGUGAUAAUUGUUUAUUUUUGUGUCUUACAUAAUGUUUUAAU